UCAUUGAAGAAUUAUACAUGGCAAUAAAACCAUCAAGAAAACUUAGAGAAGCUAUGUCUAUAAUGAAAGUAAUUACUUAUAAUACUUUGGCUUUAUUGGAACAGAAAAUAUCAAUAAUAACAACUGAUUCGUGGACAAGUAUUAACUCAAGAAGAUGGAUGAAACAGAAUAAGAAAAAUAUUCAUCCAAUUCCAAAUGAGGAAAAUUUUGAAAUUGCAAUUGAUUCUUCUCUUCCAGCUAACAUUAAAGACAUUGAUCUAGCCCCACUUGUCAGACAAUUGAAUGCUAAAGCUGUUAAUGUUCCAUUAUCUUCAACUAAAGAUAGGCUUAUGUCACCUUUGGUUCUCAAGAAUUAUUUGAUGCUUCACAAAAUGAUUAUUCUCAAGAGCAAAACCUUAACUACAAAUAACUUAGAUCAAUUUGUUAGAGUAACAAAUAAUGAUAAUGACUUAAUUUUACAACAACAAUCUUUAGAGAAUACUAUGCAUAUACUCACUUCAACACAAAUUGCUACUAAAAACAUCAAUGAUUUAGAAAAUAGUAUUAGUCAAUGGAAACAAAAAGAAGAACCAAAUUUGAAGUGAAUGUAGAUAGAGAUAUAGAGCAAUGAUAGCAGUGGAUACAAUAUGGAGAUACCUUGCUCUAUUUUAUAACAAUAAAUAUAGGUCAUUUCAAAGAAUUUAAA